GCGAUAAAGAAGGAAUAAACGGCCAAAAGAGAGGGAAGAAAAAAGAAAGGCGACGGGCUGGUUGGGUGUCGGGAUUAUCUACCUACCUCUCGGUGCUUUCUGCGUGCGAGAAGCUCGAGUUCGAAUUUCUUGCCCCACAAGCUUUGACACGAGUGUUCUCUUUGGCAGCCAGCGACGACGACCUCCCUUGCAACUGCCAACAAAUUCUUCCAUGGUUUCGCCCUCUGCAAUCUUCUUGAAAACACUUCAACCUAUUCCUGCUGUCGACUCCAUGACAGACAGGAUCUGAACACUCAUUUACUCAUGUCGCCCAGGAUCACCCGCGCGGCCGCCCGUCAAGCAGCCAGUCAAGCAUCAUCCUCGAUUCCGACCGCCGCCGACGCCGCCUCCCCAUCGACGACAGUGCCUCCACCGAUCCCGCCGGCCCCGACGCCGGCACCGAGUACACGGAAGCGCAAGAACAAUACUAGCCCGGCCCAAAACGCCGCUGAGUCACCUUCCCCGACUCGCAGGUCCAAGCGACAGCGGGUAGCACACGCCCCAACGCAGCUUCAACCACCUCCUGCGUCGGCUCCGACUCCCUCUCCUGGAUUGCGUCCGAGGAAGGGCAAGGCUUCCGCGACUAUGUCGAGUCCAGGAACCCCAGCAACCCCUGCCAACCUUCCGGAAAUCCCCCUUUCGUCGUCGUCAAACCGGCGAUCUAGCCGAAACAAGAAAACGUCACAAGCCCCUCGAGAUGACGCCGCGGCUCCCGCUUCCGGUUCGAGUCGCCGUUCGAAACGGGCGGUCAACGACACCGGAGACCAGGACGUCAUUAUGAGUGGCACUGAAGAGCACGAAAAGGCCGCCGCAGCUCAGCCGCCCCCGCCGCCUCCUGAGGAUAAGUUCCCAGACGACAGUGACGAACACGAGGAGGGUGGUGAUGAGGACGAGGAUGAGGACGAGGAGGCUUUGCGGCGGUACGACGACGACGAUGUGGAUCCCUUUAGCGCCUUUGGCAGCUCAGGCGGCCCGGUACCUGGUCUUAGCAGCACCCUCCGGACCUUGACGGGCAUGGUAUCGAGCACGUCGGCGAGGCUACGAGAAAUAUUGAACAGCCUCCGACAGAAGGAUAACCCGACCAUGCAGCUCGUCGCGCUGCAAGAGCUGUCGGAGCUUUUGCUCAUCUCCAACGAGGACUCCCUCUCGGGGCAUUUCUCACCAGAUGCAUUGGUGAAGGAGCUGGUGGCUCUGAUGCAGCCGAACGAGCUCACGGGGGAGGGAAACCAAGAGAUCAUGCUGUUGGCAUGCCGCUGUCUCGCCAACCUCAUGGAAGCCCUACCGGCCAGUACGUCAAAUGUUGUCUACGGCGGCGCUGUGCCUAUCCUUUGCCAGAAGCUGCUCGAGUUCUCCUUUAUCGACGUUGCCGAGCAAGCCCUCAGCACGCUGGAGAAAAUCUCGCUCGAGUAUCCCUCGAGCAUCGUCCGAGAAGGGGGCCUCACUGCGUGCCUCUCCUACCUUGAUUUCUUCGCGACCAGCACGCAGCGGGUUGCCGUCACCACUGCUGCCAACUGCUGCCAUAACCUCGACCAGGAGUCUUUCCCCGUCGUCCGAGACGCCAUGCCGACUCUGCUGAAUGUCCUUGGGAGCAGUGAUCAGAAGGUCGUCGAGCAAGGCUCUCUCUGCGUCACGCGCAUCGUCGAGAGCUUCAGGUUCCAUGCACACAAGCUCGAGGAGCUCAUCAGCGUCGACCUACUGAAGGCUAUCCUCCGUCUGCUCCUCCCGGGCAGCACCAACAUAAUCGCCCCUCACGUCCACACGCAAUUCCUUCGAGUUAUUGCCUUUGCCGCUCGCGCCAGUCCUCGACUCUCGGCCGAGCUUUUCAAGAUGAACGUGGUGGAGACGCUGUACCAAAUCUUGACGGGCGUUUCUCCCCCUAGCGGCGUGGAAGACCUCGCGUCUAAGCUCGACAGCGUCCUCAUCAUGCAAGCACUUAUUCACCGCCCCCGUGACCAGAUCAUCGAGACUCUCAACGUCAUCUGCGAGCUCCUGCCGAACCUUCCGAAGUCUGCCGACCCCGCUGCCGGCCAUUUCAUCGAGAUAAGCCCGCCAGCCGAGCCCGUCACGCCAUCCUCCCUCGGGCCUCGCCGAAAGACGACGAACGAGAAACGGAUCGAGCUGCUGGAAAACUGCAAGGAGGAGAUCCGGCGAUUCUCCAUGAUUCUCUUCCCAACGCUCACCGACGCCUAUUCGAGUACCGUCAACUUAAGCGUCCGUCAAAAGGUCUUGGUGGCCCAGCUCAAGAUGUUGUCCAAUUUGGAUGAACAGAUCCUCGUCGAUGCGCUGAAACCUGUCUCCUAUGCGUCGUUCUUGGCCGCGAUCAUCUCACAGCAGGAUCAUCCUUCCCUGGUCCUGUCUGCCAUACAUGCCGCCGAACUGUUGAUGAAACGCCUGGCCAGCGUAUACCGAUACCAGCUCUACCGCGAGGGUGUAAUUGCCGAGAUCGCCAAGCUCGCAAUCGAAGAACCCGAGCCGGAGCCGAAGUCCCCGACCAGUGAGCCUCCCGAGCCGGCAGUGGAGCCUGGAACAGAGGCCGAACCCGAACUGCAGAACCGGUCAUCUGCGGAACCGGCCGACGGCCAGUCCGACCACGACGAGUCCGACGACGAUGAGGACAGGAAUGAUGAAGGAGAAGAAGAAGGCGAUGACGAGGACGAAGAUCGCUCUCACCAUUCCUCGGAUGAUGAAAACGACGAGGACCAUGAAAACGAACAAGAGGACGAGCAGAAUCGUGAUGAUUUGUCGGCUUCGCCAGCCAGCUCUGAAGGUUCGACCAUGUCAAUUACCGGACCUCCUGGUCGUCUCUCCUCGGACCUUCCGUCCAUGAGAACGAGAAUCGCUCAGGUUGCCAAGAGGUUCCUCGAGGUACACGACAACGAGAAGGAAGCGAAGGUCAUGAAGGCCAAGGCGACCGAGAUCCUGGACAAUCUGUCCUCGUUAUCCCGGGAGAUUGAAAGCUUCUUCCUUCACCGUACCUUCCCAACGCCGCAUACCGUCGAGCACGGUAUCGAGCUCUUUAAGAGGUUAGCUUCUUACUUCGACUCGGACGUGUUGGAGAGCGUUACAAGCGCCGAGCUGCUUGCGUCCGGUGUUGUUCGUGUUCUCGAGGAGGUGUUGAGCAAUCCCGAUGCGCAGCUGGCGGCUGCAGCUCAGUCUGCUUUCCUCCAGGUUUUUAUGGGAUACACCGUCAAGUCGAAGCCCAAGACCGCGACGGCCGAUUCACCGGCGACACCUCUGAGCGUACUGGUCCAUAAACUCCAGGAUCUGCUCAGCAGGUCCGAGCACUUCGAGGUUCUCACGGUUCAUCAUCACUCAUUUGAUGGCAAUCGGAGCAGCGCCGCUUCCAUGCUUGCGAAGCAACUUCGCCUCAAGCUGGUGGCUGAUGAUGACUCGGACAUCCCACGGCAUUACCGGAACAUCAUGGUCUCGAUUCAUGCCAUCACCACCUUCAAGUCCCUCGACGACUAUCUGAGGCCGCGGAUCAGUCUUGCGGAGCGUCCCCGUAGUUCGAAGCGAGAGGCCGUUACCCGGGCGCUAGCCGCUAUAGCUAAUUCGGGCCAUCCCGUAGGUGCAGCCGCAGCCAGGUUCAUGGAGCGAUCGUUACCGCCGUCCGGCUUUUCGCAUCAGUCGCCUCCAGCCCCAACCCCGCCGGUUACCGCUUCCUCUCAGCCGUCUGGCUCACGGUCGACCCGCAAAACUAAGUCCAAGUCCCAGCCGGAGAACGACGGCCCGGCAACCCCAGGGCCCUCGUUUUCAAAAGAAAAGGCUGGGCUUCGUCGGUCAACGCGCCGCCAGGCACUGUCGGAGGGGACUCCUGCACGCCUGCCGCCCGAGGACGAGGAUGACCUCGGAAACAGCCUUGAGUGCGCCGACGAGAAGCAGCUGUCGGAUGACGAGGACAUGGACGAUGAUGGCCCCCUCGAUGUUGUGCGUGAUGUCGACGAGGGCAUGGAAAAUGCACCUACGCCUGACCCAUCAGCCGUGAACCUGGAGGUCGUGGCUGGCGGCAAGGUCACCGCCCGCAAGGAAGACGGUACCAGGGUCCCCACGCCGUCUCACAGCCAGAGUCGAUCCGCGGCCUCGCGACCCAGCCGCACAAGUGCGUUGACCGCGGCCUUGCAAGGAACCCCGACGCCGCCUGCGGCCACGCGGCCGAUGUCCUACGCCGCUGCGGUCCAGUCGGUCCCCCAAGACUGGCACAUCGAGUUCAGCAUUGACGGCAAAGUCAUCCCCAACGAGACAACCAUCUACCGGGCCGUGCUGCAUAGCUCUGCGAAUGCGACAGACGACCAUUUCGGAAGGAACAUUUGGUCAGCAGUGCAUCCUAUCAAAUUCAGGCGCGUGCCUGGGCCGCCGCCCACCGAGUCCGUCGGCUUCGGGAGCACGGCUGAUGUGGCAGCUGAGGGCGAGGAUGGCGGUGCUCCGGGAUCCUUAUCGAAGUCCCCGGUCACGGCGUCAAUCCUCCGGCUGCUCAAGAAGCUGCAUGAUCUCAAUGCCAACAUCGACGAUGUCCUCGUGGAGAACAAAGAGACCCUGAAGGUCAACGUCGAGCCCCUGUCGCAAUUUGUCAACACCAAGCUCACGGCCAAGCUGAACCGGCAGCUGGAAGAGCCCCUGAUCGUUGCGAGCAAUUGUCUUCCAAGCUGGAGUGAGGAUUUGGCGAGGCUUUACCCAUUCCUCUUCCCUUUCGAGACGCGCCAUCUCUUCCUGCAGUCUACCUCGUUUGGCUAUGCGAGAUCGAUGAGCCGGUGGCAGAACGCUCAAUCUCAGGAGGAGGCCCGGAGGGACCGUCGAGAUGAGCGGCCGUUCCUUGGCCGACUGCAGCGCCAGAAGGUCAGGAUCUCUCGAGCCAAGAUUCUCGAAUCGGCCGUGAAAGUGAUGGAACUUUACGGCGCAUCGCAGAGCAUCCUCGAGGUUGAGUACUUUGACGAAGUGGGCACUGGACUGGGUCCCACCCUCGAGUUCUACUCUACCGUAUCGAAGGAGUUCUGCAAGAAGAAGCUGAAGCUUUGGCGCGAUAACGAUCCCAACGGCGACGACGAAUACGUCUCUGGGCCGAACGGGCUCUUUCCGCGGCCGCUCAGCGACGAGUAUGCGGCUUCAGAAGAAGGCGAGAAGAUCCUUCAGCUCUUCAAGAUGUUGGGCAAGUUCGUUGCGCGGUCGAUGAUCGAUUCUCGCAUCGUCGACAUCAACUUCAACCCCAUCUUCUUCCGCAUCGGCGACGAGUCAACGGCUGUCCGGCCGUCUCUUGGAGCGGUCAAGUCCGUCGACCCGGUAAUUGCCAGGUCGCUCAUGACCGUCAAGAAGUUCGCGCUGGCGAAGAAGGCGAUCGAUGAGGACCCGAAUCGCACACCCGCACAGAAGGUGAUCGACACAGAAAACAUCGUUGUCGAUAAGAUCCGGAUUGAGGACUUGUAUCUGGAUUUCACACUGCCCGGCUACCCGGAGAUCGAGCUUAUUCCGAAUGGUUCCCAAAUCCAGGUCACCAUCGACAAUGUCGAUCUCUACCUAGAGAGGGUGAUCGAUAUGACUCUGGGAAGCGGUGUGCGCCGGCAGGUGGAUGCCUUCCAGGCGGGCUUUUCGCAAGUGUUCCCGUACUCGGCGCUGAGCGCCUUCACGCCGGACGAGCUGUGCACACUGUUUGGGCGAGUGGAGGAGGACUGGUCUCUCGAGACUCUCAUGGACUCGAUCAAGGCGGACCACGGCUACAACAUGGACAGCAAGACGGUCAGGAACCUGCUGCAGGCAAUGAGCGAGUUCACGCCGGCUCAGCGGCGCGACUUCUUGCAGUUCACCACGGGCAGCCCGAAGCUUCCGAUUGGCGGCUUCAAGAAGCUGACGCCGAUGUUCACCGUGGUCUGCAAGCCGAGCGAGGCGCCAUACACUUCGGACGACUACCUGCCCAGCGUCAUGACGUGUGUGAACUACCUCAAGCUGCCGGACUACUCGAACAUCGACAUCCUCAAGAAGCGGCUCUUCACCGCCAUCAAGGAGGGUCAAGGCGCAUUCCACUUGUCGUGAGGGCUGGUAAAUCGAGUUGUUCAGGGAUAGACCCGAGUUUAUGUACUUAACACUUGUGUGUGAUUCUUGUCAUUUUGCCGCGAAGACACCUUCUUAUCCUUCUUCUUUUCAUUUUUUUUUUUUUUUUUUCAGCCCUGCCGCUCUGCAGGGGUAAGC